AUGGAGUUAGAGACAUUUCAAUCACCAAGGCUUAUAUCGAAAGCUACAACAUCUACAUCUUCGAGGAAAAGAAAUAAGACAGAUGAAUCAAGUGAAAUAUCAGAGGUUUUGAAAAGUGCGAAAAAAAAGAUGGAUGAAAAGGAAAAGAAGCAUCCAUUUGAUAUUUAUGGUGAAUAUAUUGCUGCUGAAUUAAGAAGUGUCAAAGAUGACCAAGCCGUGACACAGGCAAAGUACCACAUUAAUAAUAUACUGUAUGAAUUAAAAUGGGACAAUAUAAUACAUAUGGAUAUCAAACGGCAUCUUCUCAUCCAUCAUCAACACCAAAUAAUGUCCAAGAAACUGAAAUAG